CAACAGUCGGAAUGAUUACAACAGCGGUCGCGGAGGCCGCUACGACGAAAAUGACGACGAUGUGCGCUCUAGAAGAACUAGUAACCGAUCGUAUGGUAGUGGUCACCGCGGCGCGGCACGAGGACCUACAGAUGUGUUCUCAGAUGACGAUGGGGACGGUGAUCGGUUUUCGUCACCACGCGAUGCAGGUGACCAUGGACACGAUUAUGGAGAUCCUUAUGCCGGUGCAUUUGUCGGAUACCAAGGAUACGUACGCGACGAGUGGGGCAGUCGGGGGCCCAAUCACGUGAUCGCCGGCAGUUUCGGAGUCGACCGGUCAGAAGAAAACCGCAUUAAGAUCUCUUGCAAUCGAAAGGAGAUUAGCAUCAAACGCGCGAGCACGGGGAAAGAAAUAGACACCAUACAGUACCUAGAGAUCCAGAAAAUCGACCACAAACAUGAGCGCACAAAUGAUGGGGACGGGGCAGACAACAUCCUCUCACUUUCACUCAAAGACGGCUCCAGAUUCGUCAUCAACUCACCACAAACACCCGAAAUCAAGGACGAAAUCAUGGACUACAUCAAACGCAGCAAGUCCGUACACGUGGGAAGCUACAAACGAAACUACUAAAAGUAUAUUUAUUCUUAGUAAUGUCUGGGGACACACUUUAUAAACAUUUUGGCAAACAUACGUACGAACGUUAAUGCAUGGAUAGCCCUCGCUUACAGCAAACCUUAGGUCGAGAUUUUAUGAACUGUAUCGGAGGUUGAUGAUGUACCUCCCAUAGGGUGCCACACACGAGAACAAUAUACCGA